AUGACUGAUAAUGACCAGAAGAUGAACCAUAUUAAUGCUAAGUUCAAUGGAUCAGAUGAACAAAUUACACCAGUCGGCUCUUGCUGUCCUAUCUGUCAAGAUGCCUGCAAUGAUGCGGUCUGCCUCGAGUCUAUGAUAUGUCCUGGAGGGAUGGAUCCAGUUUUCCAGCCAGGAGAAUGUUGCCCUAGCUGUCCGACAGGACCGCAGAACUGUGCAGGUAUUCAGUGUGACUAUCAAACUUGUCCUGGAGGACUGACACCUACAACACGGCCUGGAGACUGUUGCCCUAGCUGUCCGACAGGACCGCAGAACUGUGCAGGUAUUCAGUGUGACUAUCAAACUUGUCCUGGAGGAGUGACACCGACAACACGGCCUGGAAACUGUUGCCCUAGCUGUCCGAUCGGACCACCAAACUGCGCGGGCAUUCAAUGUCACUAUCAAACUUGUCCUGGAGGAGUGACACCGACAACAAGGCCUGGAGACUGUUGCCCUAGCUGUCCGAUCGGACCACCGAACUGCGCGGGCAUUCAGUGUGACUAUCAAACUUGUCCUGGAGGAGUGACACCGACAACAAGGCCUGGAGACUGUUGCCCUAGCUGUCCGAUCGGACCACCAAACUGCGCGGGCAUUCAGUGUGACUAUCAAACUUGUCCUGGAGGAGUGACACCGACAACAAGGCCUGGAGACUGUUGCCCUAGCUGUCCGACAGGACCACCAAACUGUGCAGGUAUUCAGUGUGACUAUCAAACUUGUCCUGGAGGAGUGACACCGACAACAAGGCCUGGAGACUGUUGCCCUAGCUGUCCGACCGGACCACCAAACUGUGCAGGUAUCCAGUGUGACUAUCAAACUUGUCCUGGAGGAGUGACACCGACAACAAGGCCUGGAGACUGUUGCCCUAGCUGUCUAUCUGGACAGCAUAACUGUGCGGGUAUUCAAUGUAACUAUCCAACUUGUUCUGGUGGAGUGACUGCGACAACACGGCCUGGAGACUGUUGCCCUAGCUGUCCGAUCGGACCACCAAACUGCGCGGGCAUUCAAUGUCACUAUCAAACUUGUCCUGGAGGAGUGACACCGACAACACGACCUGGAGACUGUUGCCCUAGCUGUCCUUCCGGACCGCAUAACUGUGCAGGUAUACAUUGUAAUUGGCCUAAUUGUCCUGGGGGUGCUCAACCUACUACAAAACCGGGCAAAUGCUGCCCUGAAUGUCCCGAUAUAUGUCAGGGAGUGUCAUGUUAUCCGCCGAGAUGUCCUGUAGGAGUGUCGCCGAUAACACAGCCUGAAGACUGUUGCCCAAGAUGUCCGACCGGACCGCCUAACUGCGCGGGGAUUCAAUGUGACUGGCCAAAUUGUCCUGGGGGAGUGACGCCAAUAUCACUGCCUGGCGACUGUUGUGCAAGCUGUCCAACCGGACAACCGGACUGCUCAAGGAUUCGGUGUUACUUGCCAAAGUGUCCUAGAGGAGUUCGACCGGUUACAAAAAUAGGUGAAUGUUGUCCGAGCUGCCCCGACUCAUGUCAAGGAAUAACAUGUUAUCCACCCAUUUGUCCUGGAGGAGCUAAAAGUGUAACGAAACCAGGUGAAUGCUGUCCCACCUGCUCCGACCCCUGCAGAGGAAUACUAUGUUAUCCACCAAAUUGUCCACGGGGCGUAACGCCGACAACAAAGCCGGGUGAAUGUUGCCCGAGCUGUCCGCCGGGACCGCCGGACUGCACAAUGAUUCAGUGUGACUGGUUCCCAUGUCCAGAUGGAUCUUCGCCGUUGACCAUACCAGGAGAAUGUUGUCCAUCAAAAUGCCCAUUGGAUUGUAGUGCAGUUCCUUGUAUAGCCCCAAGAUGCCAGGGCGGUGUCCAGCCAAUAAGGAAUUCCGGAGAAUGUUGUGCAAAAUGUCCACCAAGAUUUCCAGACUGCAACCUUAUUGAUUGUGUUUGGCCACAAUGUCAGGGAGGGGAACUGCCGACAUCAAAACCCGGUGACUGUUGCUCUACAUGUCCAACAAGACCACCAAAUCCGCCAAACUGUGCACGUCAAAGCUGUAUUCUGCCGCAUUGCCCGGGUGGCGUGGUGCCUGAAACUAAGCCCGGCGAAUGUUGUCCAUCAUGUCCGACCGGACCACCUAACUGUGCCAAUGCGCUGUGUCUAAAUCGACCAGUCUGUCCUAAUGGUGCCCAGCCGAUCAAGCUUCCUGGUGAAUGCUGUCCCCGGUGUCUGGAAUGUGCUGGACCAUGUCCAUCGCUGAUGUGUUCUGAGGGUCUAUCGCCAAGAAUAUUACCUGGAGAAUGCUGUGAAACCUGCCAACCCCAAGCCAAAAACAAGGAUAUGGUAGGGAACGGGAGAUGUUCAGGCAGUAUGGAGGACGCCCCGGAAGAGGCACAGGGCCUGACCAUGUCCUUUCACAAGGAAAAAGAAACGGCCGAAUAA